AUUGAUGUUGUGGUGUCACCAGAUCCCUCCACCACCCCGGGAGCAUUCAAGUCCAUAGCUGAAGCCCCGAUGAGAGCCCCGCUGCUGCCCGCUCGAUUCGGAAUUCACGUAAUGGCCGGGAUGUACGAAGAGUACGUCACAAUGAGCAAGAGCAACGUCACCUUGUUCGGAGCUGGCAUUGGGAACACCAUCAUCACCGGAAGGCAUAAUCAUAAUGACGGCUUCACCACCUCUUUCUCCGCCUCCCUCAUUGUGGUGGGAGAAGGGUUCAUUGGUGCAUAUAUGACGGUGCGGAACGAGGCGGGCACGAAUAAGAACCAGGCCGUGGCGAUGAGGGCGAGCGCCAACCACGCCGCCUUCUACAGGUGCAACUUCGAAGGCUACCAAGACACCCUCUACCCUGAAGAGGGGAAUCAGUUCUACAAGGAAUGCCAGAUCUACGGCACCAUCGACUUUUCCAAUGUAGGACCAUUGGUCGGCGGCGAAGACGGAGGCGGGGGCACACUAGUAGUAGUAGUAGCUGAUCCUCCUUGGGAUGAUGAUCCCAUGGCACCGGCGACCACGUUUGACGACGACGACGACAUCAUUGUAGGAACGUAGGUAGUUUAUAGUAGGGAGAAUUGGAUUGGAUUGUAUGCUUUGUAUAUCCAUUAGGUUGCAGUCCGUAUUUGAUGGUUUCUCCCAUGCAUGCAUCGUCUCUAUUUAAAUGGAUUGGAUUGUACAAUACCCUAUUGUCAUGCAUGCUUAUCCCUUUUUUACUUGAGAAAUUUACUUAAAUAGGACUAAAAUAUAAUAGGGUACUGUACAAUCCAAUCCAUAUAGGUCCUUUGGUCAUUAUUCAAGUAAAUGACCAUCAUUACUAGACAUUAUUCUUCCCACAAGACAUUAUUUAAUCUUAUUUAGGGAAUAAAAAAGUUUAAAUCCU